AUCGAGGACCAACCCGGCUUAGAAAACUGGCCGUUUACUAGGCGCCAUGGACGUCGCAUUCAACCAGCAUUCGAGCUACAUACGGCGGAAGAACCGGUCCACAACGACGCUUAACCGAUUGAGUUUGGCACCCCUCACUUCCAAGCUGCCGCUGGACGACCACGAUGAUUUCCUAGACCCUCUGUCUGCAACGCCUCAUCAAAGCACGUCCUACUUGCAGGCCAAGUCCUCACCUGCUACCCCCCGACUACUAUCAAGAUCUCCAGGCCGUUCUUAUUCCCACACUCGUGUCGCGUCUACGCCCACAGCGAGCUUGCCAAAGAGCAAGUCUGCCACUCACCUCAUCUCCAAUGGCUCGCAUUCAACGUCCGAUGUAUCAUCUCCCAGACACAGGUGGAGGCGGGACGAUGUUGUCUCUGUCAAGGAUGAGAAUGACACCGACUGGCUCAUUAGAGCAAGUGCGCUUAUCUCGAGCGAAACUCGUGAGUCGAAGGGCCAGUCCUGGCUCGUAUCGAGAGCCAGCUCAACCAGCCUGGCCGGCGUACGGGACGGCGAAGAGGAGGCCUUUGAGCGCGAGUUGGCGCGGGAGCGUGAGUGGGCGAGCCGGCAUGCUAGCCGCAGGGGCAGUGCGGUCCACCUAGAUGACGACCGCUUGCCUUCUCCGCCGACCAGCCGCUUUGGAAGCCGUUCGCACAGCCGUGUCGGGAGUCGAAAUCAGGCCAUGACUCCUCUGGAACAGAGGCCCAUGGAUGGCUACUUCGCCCAACAAGACGACCGCAUCGUCGGCCCCGACUUUGUCAACCUCGACGAGAGGCUUGAGGCCAUCGAGCAGGAUACGACUCAGGAGGACGAAGCCCACGUCCGGAGGCUUGUUAAGAGGGGGAGUGGCGUGGGUGUAGGCACGUGGUUCGACAGCGUCCUCGGGUUGGGCCUGUUUUCAGUUGAGGAAAACGAGGAAGAGUCGGACAGCGAUGGGGAGGGAACAGACGGCGGGGCGGAAGAGGUCGCUCUUGAGCGACGGAGAUCAAGUAGUGCCCGCCAAUUCGAGGGGGUCACAACGGCCAUGGAGGAACGGAUGCCCCCACCAAGACCAGACGAGGGCGGCUGGCAGGACGCCGCCUGGCUCCUCAGCGUGGCCUCAAAAGUCCUCCUCUGAGUGGGCCUGCGGUCACAGAGCCCGUCGCCGCGAUGGCGCAUGCCGAAUUGCCGAUAGCCCAGACCCUACGAUUGCAGACACGACACAUGAGCUAAUGCGACGCGGAACGCGCUCCGCGUCGAAGAACUGCGAUCACGCGCCGCCGCCCCCCCCCCCCC